CACACUGUGCCUCCGUUCUGCUCUCAGUUUAUUUCUCUCGAAAGCGAUUUCAUCGUCGGCCAUCAUUGUUUAGAGAUCAUUUGUGAAGAAAAGAAGUGUGUGCGCAUUACUCCCGUACCGAACGAACCAGAAAUCCAUUAGUCAAGACACCAUUCUACGCAUUUUAAUAGCAAAAAUGAAGUUCCAGUACAAGGAAGAGCAUCCGUUCGAGAAGCGAAAGGCCGAGGGUGACAAAAUCCGACGCAAAUAUCCGGACCGUGUGCCCGUGAUUGUGGAAAAGGCACCGAAGGCACGCAUCGAUGAUCUGGAUAAGAAGAAGUAUCUAGUCCCAUCCGAUCUGACCGUAGGACAGUUCUACUUCCUGAUUCGCAAACGAAUCCAUCUGCGCCCGGAAGAUGCCCUGUUUUUCUUUGUGAAUAACGUCAUUCCGCCGACGUCGGCCACCAUGGGCUCGCUGUACCACGAGCAUCACGAGGAGGACUACUUCCUGUAUAUUGCCUACUCUGACGAGAACGUGUACGGCAGUGCCGCCACCAACAACACCACCAACGACAGCAACUAAGCGAAGAGAGAGAGAGGGAGAGCAAGCAUGCUUAUAUUAAUUAUGUGUUAUAUACAAGAAUGAUACAACAAAACUAUUUGUGCAAACACAAAACAACACACACACACACACACGCACGUACACACAGAUACUGAGAUACUUGUGAUGAUAAAAAUGAGACAAAAAAAGCCAUUCUCUUGUAUUAGGCGGGCGCGCUGUGUACGUUGCUCUAUAUAAAACACACAACCUGUUCUGCUCUCCUUACCUUCGAGACCCGCUCAGGAGGUGCAAUGCAGACGCUACUGUUCUGGGUCCUUUUUUCCCUCCCAAUCCCCCUCCUCUACGAUCUACCCCACUGAAGUUAAUUUUGCUUAAGGGAACCAAUGGAAAAUUCCUUGUAAAUUUAUCUGUCCCUUCAGCACUCUACUGUUCUCGUUUUGCUCCCCCCCUUUUUGUCUGUGGUUCAUUUGUAAUGGGGACGUUCUAAGCUAGGCCGUAUUCAAGUACGUAUUUUAUUUAAUACAAAAAUAAAUAAAAAAAAGUGUAUAAGUAGGAUUAAUUGAUAAAAAUAAAACAAAAAAUAAAAAAAAGGCUCAUCAAAAAA